AUAUUCUUGUAAAAGUUAAUUCGAUAAUUAUUGCGUGUAUUCGUACAUUCGUGAUAAAUUAACCUGCUUAAAAAUGGACCUACUUUUCCAACCUGCUGAAGUGCAAAACAAAAGAUGGAAUCACUUGCGGAAGAUCCUGGAACGCUCUGGACCUUUUUGUCCGCCUAAUUUUACGGCCUCGACAGAGACACUGGAAUUUAUGCUAAACACUUGUAAAAUUUUGGUUAUUGGAGCUGGAGGCCUGGGAUGUGAGCUGUUGAAAGAUCUUGCGUUGAUGGGCUUUCGGGAUAUUUACCUUAUUGAUAUGGAUACCAUCGAGUUAUCAAACUUGAAUCGGCAGUUUUUGUUUCGCCGAGCCGACAUUGGACACUCGAAAGCAUAUCGUGCAGCUGCUUUUGUCAAUUCACGAGUUCCAGGCUGUACUGUUACUCCGUAUUUCUGCAAAAUUCAGGAUUUUGGCGCUGGGUUCUAUAGGCAGUUUCAUAUAAUCGUUUGCGGGUUGGAUUCGAUCGUAGCUCGUCGUUGGAUUAACGGCAUGCUCAUUUCGUUACUCGAAUACGAAGAUGAUGGUUCGGUAGAUGAGACCACUAUUAUUCCACUGAUUGAUGGAGGAACCGAAGGCUUCAAGGGAAAUGCGAGGGUUAUUCUGCCCGGAAUGACCGCUUGCAUCGACUGUACACUGGACUUGUUCCCGCCACAGGUUAGCUAUCCAUUGUGUACGAUAGCCAACACCCCAAGAUUGCCAGAACAUUGUAUCGAAUAUGUGAAGAUUAUACAGUGGCCAAAAGAAAAUCCUUUUGGUUCAGAUAUCGCUCUAGACGGCGAUGAUCCGCAGCACAUUACAUGGGUGUACGAGAAAGCACAAGAACGAGCGAACACCUAUAGUAUAUCUGGGAUGUCUUAUCGAUUGGUGCAGGGUGUUCUGAAGAACAUUAUUCCGGCAGUGGCAAGCACCAAUGCCGUAAUCGCUGCGGCUUGCGCUACUGAGGUGUUCAAGGUGGCAUCCAGCUGUUGCGAACCUUUGAACAACUACAUGGUCUUCAAUGACAGUGACGGCAUAUACUCAUAUACCUACGAGGCAGAGAAGAAACCGGAUUGCCUUGCAUGCAGCCAAGUGCCCCGUUCUAUCGAAGUGGAAGAUCCGAGCGCGAUGACUUUGCAGGAUCUGAUUCGGCAUUUGUGCGACAGUGUCGAUUUUCAGAUGAAGAGCCCAGGCUUGACGGCGACCAUAAACGGGAAAAAUAGAACCCUGUACAUGGCAGCAGUGAAAAGCAUCGAGGAGGCAACCAGAGCAAAUCUCACCCAGUCCCUCAGUGAGCUCGGUUUGAAGGACGGACAGGAACUGAUGGUGGCAGACGUUACCAAUCCGACAGCAAUUUUGAUCAAGCUUAAAUUUCAGAGCAAUGAAGUUGAGAUGGCUUAAUGCCUGAUUAAUAUUUAUGAUAUUUUUUUGCUGAAAUUAAUGAUAA